CCCCACCCCACGUAAGAUGGCGGCCGCGACCUUCGCUUGCGCGCACGUGGAGGAAGGGCGAAGUUGAAGAGGGAGUAGGAGGUAGCAGCAGUAGCUAGCAGCAGUAGGAAGAAGAGGAGUAGGGUGUAGCAGCAGGUAGCAGCAGUAGCUAGCAGCAGUAGUAGCUAGCAGCAGCAGUAGCUAGCAGCAGUAGGAGGAAGAGGAGUAGGGUGUAGCAGCAGGUAGCAGCAGCAGUAGCUAGCAGCAGUAGGAGGAAGAGGAGUAGGGUGUAGCAGCAGGUAGCAGCAGCAGUAGCUAGCAGCAGUAGGAGGAAGAGGAGUAGGGUGUAGCAGCAGGUAGCAGCAGUAGCUAGCAGCAGUAGGAGGAAGAGGAGUAGGGUGUAGCAGCAGGUAGCAGCAGCAGUAGGUAGCAGCAGUAGGAGGAAGAGGAGUAGGGUGCAGGAGGAGGUAGCAGCAGUAGCUAGCUAGCAGUAGGAGUAGAGCAGCAGCGAAGAAGGAGAGAGUAUUAUUAUUUGGUUCUUUCGGUUAAGUCACGUCUAAAGAUAAAAUAAAAAAUUAAAUAAAAUUGUUUUUAUUUAAUUUAUUAUUUUAUCUUUAGACGUGACUUAACCGAAUAAUAAUUCCUGCAGUCACGAAAGUUCUAAAAUUAAGAAGGAGAGGAGUAGUAGUAGGAGCAGGUCUCUGUGGUAGCAAUGGCUUGGGCACUGCAGACACGCUCGCUUGCCCUGCGCAUGUCGUCGUGCCCCUGGGCACCGCUGCUGCUACAACAACGUGGCUCCUCCGUCUACCGGAGCAUCUACAGCUUGGACAAGCUGCACCCGCCAGGCGGGGCAGACGUUCAGGCGACGUUGAGCAGCGCCAAGGAGACGAGCGGAGAGACUCAUGAAUACGCCGGAGACAUUCCUGUUGAUCGUUUAAAAGUUUCCUACAGCCGGAGCAGCGGACCUGGAGGACAAAACGUGAACAAAGUGAACACCAAAGCCGAGGUUCGGUUCCACGUGGCGAACGCCGACUGGCUGCCGCAGGACAUCCGGGACAAGCUGCAGGAAAAGUACAAGCACCGCAUCGUGCGCUCCGGCGAGCUGAUCGUGACGUCGCAGGCGAGCCGCUACCAGAUGCGCAACCUGUCCGACUGCCUGCUCAAGCUGCGCCUGCUCAUCGGCGAGGCGGUCACCACCCUGGUGCACGAACGCCGGCAGGAGAGCCCCGAGGAAGCGGCCGUCCGACGCGGCAGGGUGGAAGCAAUGAACAGAGAGCGACUGAGACAAAAGAGGCUCCACUCGUCCGUCAAGAGCGAUCGGCGGGACCACGACGACUGAGCUUUCGGCGGAUCGAGGCUCGCUGCCACAUUCGCCAAACGCCUCUCUCUCCCACAAAGCACCUUGAUUCAAGCGGUGGUGGGGAGCCCACAGAUUGGGUGAAGAUUUCAUUUCAUCCGGCACCGUGGCCGCAACACCAGGCCUUGACGACGAGGAAACGUCGGCUCGCGAAAGAAGAUAUUCAUCCUAGAUUUGAAGCUUUCGUGACUGCAAGGAUUCGUGUUUUUAGGUUUUUUUCGGUAAAGUCACGUAGGUAAAAAAUUAAUAAAAGUAAAAUAAAAAUAAAAUAAAAAUCAUGACGUUUCGGAGGCAACACAAGCUUCCGUCUUCAGGUGGUACCCGAAACGUCGUGAUUUUUAUUUUACUUUUAUUAAUUUUAAUUUUUUACCUACGUAACUUUACCGAGAAAACCUAAGAAUAAGAUAUUCAUCCAUCGCUGCAAACGCCCUAGCCGCUCUAAUCGUGAACCGAUAAGAGGAAUUCUUUCAACCUGGUUGUCAAUUUAUUUUAGUUUUCUUCUAAAAUUUGCGACAUGGCAGAGUAGCCCAAGUAGCCACUAGAGCAGUGGAUUAUUAACCUUUACUGCAGCCCAGAGGUCGCAACCGGGUACCCGAUACCCGUACCCUACCCGAUACCCGGCUACCCGUACCCGGCCGGGUAUGGGUACUCGUUUGCGACCCUGGUGCGGCCGGGUACGGGUAGGCCGUGAGUCACUGGUGAGUCACCGUUUGUCACUCAUUUCCCAACGUCUUGUCUCUUCUCACAAUUCAAGUUCCUAGAAUCAACCCACCCGCGCCUGCAACAUGGCUUCAUCCCAGAGGUCGCAAUCAGGUACCUGAUACCCGUACCCUACCCGUACGGGUACCUGUUUGCGACCCUGGUGCGGCCGGGUACGGGUAAGGAAUCAAAACCCAAUAAUUGUUUUUUUACCCUUCUAUCUGGCAACAAAACUGACACCUUUUUUUACAAGGAGGCAUGUUUGCAUAGACCACAAUACCUGCAGUUUUGUUGCCAGAUAGAAGGGUAAAAAAACAAUUAUCAUAUUUUUUACUGGCAAAUGAGGUUCCAAUGGUGAAUCAAAACCCGUUUGCGACCUCUGCUGCAGCCUUGCAACCCCUUUGGCUCUCAGUGGUAAUACAAUGUUAAUGCAUCGGUUUUAUGAAACGGAGUACAGUAAAACCUUGGAUUGCGAGUAGCUUGGUCCGCGAGUGUUUUACAAGACGAGCAAAAUUUUUAAAUAAAUAUUAAUUUGAUAAACGAGCGAGGUCUUGCAAUACGAGUGGUACGUGUAUACGCUUUGUCUGCCGAACGUCACGUGAUCACAACUGAUACACGAGUGCUUUGAUACACGAGUGCUUUGGGUUACAAACAAGUUUCCGGAACGAAUUAUGCUCGCAAUCCAAGGUUUCACUGUAGUUGUAACUUACGUGCCCCGUGCUUGAUUUGUGUUUCAAUUUACCUUCAAAAAUAAUAUGACCAUAUCUGCGUGAUGCACCCCCAGCUUAAGAAGAAGAACCACUGCACUAGAUGGGGUGGGGGUUGGGCCCUCUAAGAGCGCCUUCAGGUAGAGGCCUUUCCGGCAAGCAGCGUGAGAAAGCAAUCGUUAGGCUGCACCGCUGCGGUCGCCGUGCAGAAGUUUCCGAACAGUUCCAUUACGCCCCCGUCCCUCCUCGUUCAAAGUGGUAAAAAUCCCACAGCACCCGCCCCCUCCCCUUGGUCUUGAGGCUGUUGCGGAAAACCUGGCGUCGGAGGUUCGAGGGUUUUUCAAAAGGAUAAAGUGGCACACAGAGAGAAGUGUUGGAGACGCAGCAGACAACUUGAAAGGCAGAAACCCGGUAUUUAUUGGCUGUUAGCUGACAGCAGUUUAACACAAUCCCCGCGGGGUGGGGUGGGGGUAUAAAACGUGGGUGUACGAAUGCCGCGCCGCGUUCCUGUACAUUUGUGAACCGGAGUGUCGCCAUAAAAAACAUUUUCAUUUA